AUGGCGGAUUUUCUCAAGCAUCUUACCAUCCCAGAGUUGCCAACCACAUACAGAGAAGACAUAUCCGCUUCUUUAGCGCUCGGUAUCUCCUAUAUAUGGAUCGAUUCGCUCUGUAUUAUUCAAGAUGACGAGGAGGAUUGGACCAAGGAGGCAGCACUGAUGAAGGACGUGUUCAAGCACUGCUCUGUCACCCUGUAUGCCACCGCGGCUGCUGACAGCUCACAGAGUAACUUUAGACACAGGGAUCCUACAGACAUUCCGCCUGUCAAGGUUACGCUCAGCGAUGGUGCAAAGAAGCCUACACAAUCAAAUUUCUGGCUUGCGAAUGCCUGGUCCGAUCUGAAGAGCCAGGAUAUCGGACACUCGCCUCUCCACUCGCGAGCCUGGGUGUUCCAAGAAACGAAAUUAUCUCGACGUCGGAUUGAGCUCGUUGAACUGAUUUUGGGCAGCCGGAUACCCAAGUGGCCAAGCAACAGGGAGAUUGAAGAACUGGCUGACGAACUUGACCAUGUCUAUAACUUUGAUGAAGGACAAAAUGUCGAUUCCCCGAUAAUCCGGCAUCCCAUGGUUAGCUAUCUUGAGCACCCCAAGGGCCAAGCUGACCAGAGGAAGAUUGGUAUUGUGGAUGGAAUGGUACGCAAAUCCAUCAGUUUCAAGAAACCGGACGAGCUGUCUAAGCACCUGCGACUAUUUACGCUCCCCAUCCUGAGGGAAGAAGACUGGGUGGGACGCCAGAGAGUUCCAUGUCUUUUGCUCUGUCAAACGUUGGAUGACUUCUCCGCAGGAAACGACGUUUACCAACGGGUAGGCAGAAUUUAUUGGUUGGUUGAGGAGGACGAGCCGCUCGAGGACCUGGUGACAAUUCCUAAAAGGGAUGUCUACAUUAUCUGA